AUGCAAUGGAGUGAUGGAUUUACGACGAUAUUGUACAAGACGUAUUUUCGUGGCAAUUCUGUAGUAUGUGGAUGAUAUGAAGUGAAGAAAGAGAGAACGGAGGAAAUAAGUGGGGAGAUACAGAGUUUAUAAGCCGUACCAAUGAGUCUAUAUGUCAAGAAACGAAAUUUGAAUACUAACAUAUAUUUUAGUGAAAUACUUAGCUGCUUAUUUAUUAUUAGUCAACGCUGGUAACGCUUCUCCAUCAGCUUCUGACAUCAAGUCCGUUUUAGAAUCCGUUUCUAUCGAAGUUGAAGAAGAAAAGAUCUCCCAAUUAUUAGCUGAAGUCGAAGGUAAGAACGCCGAAGAAUUGAUCGCUGAAGGUAACGAAAAGUUAUCCUCUGUCCCAUCUGGUGGUGCUGCUGCUCCAGCCGCUGCUACUGCUUCAGGUGACGCUCCAGCUGCUGAAGAAGCUGCUGCUGAAGAAGCUGAAGAAUCCGAUGAAGACAUGGGUAUGGGUUUAUUCGAUUAG